GCGCAAUGACUGGGCAAAGAGUUGUUGUACCACUGCUGCAUUCAGUGAGAACAUGGCGGUAUAAUAGAAAUGGUGAAGUAGUGUACAUUUGAAGUCACGUUCUCCGUCGACGAAAGUCAGCUUUUAUUUCAUCUUUGGAAUCGCCAGGCCAUGCCAAGCAUUUUGGUAUGAAGUUUGGGCCUAGGAAAAUUCUUGGAGUGCUCCAGUGAGGUUGUUGUGCCGGCAGGAUGAAUAAGUUGUCGUUCCGUGCUCGGGCGCUUGACCCCAACAAGGCACUUCCAGUUUACCAUGCUGAUGAGCUGCCCGACUUGUCGGAUUACAAUGCCAUCAAUCGCGCCGUUCCUGAAAUGCCUACUGGCAUGGAGAAGGAAGAAGAAACGGAACAUCAUUUGCAGCGUGCUAUGGCCGCUCAGCAAUUGUAUGGUGAAGCCCAGCAACUUGUCAUUCCAACACCUGAUUUUAAUUCCUCCGUCGCCGACUACACUGAUGUCUACAAGAAAAAAUCUACUCAACCGCGAAAUUUCAUCCGCAUGCAUGGAUAUCUGGAUUCCGAUUUCCCAGAAUAUGACUUGGAUGAUGAAGAUGUGAAGUGGUGUAACUCUCAAAAGGGCUUGACUGAGCUCAAAUUGGAAACAAUGAUUGAAACUCUAGAAAAAGGUCUCGGCCAACAGUCUCAAAAUUUGACGUUGACCGAAGCUCAGGCUCUCCUUCACGACAAUGAUGACACUCUUGUGCUGACCGUGUUUGACUAUUGGCAGGCAAAACGUGCACGUGUGAAAAUACCUUUGAUGGCCACUGUCAAGCAGGAGAAACGAGAUGGUUCUUCAGCCACCGACUAUUAUGUUGCUUUCCGCCGACGCACUGAAAAGAUGCAAACACGCAAGAACCGUAAAAAUGACGAGGCUUCUUACGAACGAAUGUGCAAACUGCGGCGUGACUUGGAACGCAGUUGUCAAUUACUAGCUCUCAUCAAGCAGCGCGAGCAGAAGAAGCAAGACCUUAUCAACAGCAUGAAGGACAUCUUUUGUCACCGCAACAAGAUACGAGACUGGAACAGCAGCACCUACAACUCUGUCAUCGAUCAACUAUUUCGAAAACCCAGCAUUGUACCUCCUCAUCCGGCGCAGGCAUCUGGCCAAAUGAUGCAAAUGUACAAUCGUCAACUUUUGCAGCAAUCGCAGCAGCAACAACAGAUGUCCUAUCCUGGUUAUAUGGUUGGUGGACACGGUGUUGCCGCUGCUCAAAGUUCCUCUCUCACUCAGCAACUGCAGCAUCCUGUAGCAAGUGUUGGUGAGACAAGUGCGACAGCGUCGGACGUCUCCAUGCCAUGGGCACAGCAGCCCACUGCUGAGGGAGCCGAUUCAAGGCAAACUACGAAACAAAAAGAUCGAUCCAAGCGCAAGCAUCACAAAAAGAAGCAUCAUGCUCCGACACAGGCACCCGUUGAGAAUCCUAUUGUGUUACCCGAGGAAGUGGCUAGCGAGGAAGAUCAUGUCCUGCCUCUGCCGCCAGUGGAGAUUGUGGAACAAGAAUCUACCGGACCGUUUGCCUUCAAGCGUAGACUACACGUGCAAUAUUGUUUGCCACGGGAAUGUCUAGAAGUAGGCCUUCCUUUUGAGCUGGAGGGUGAAGCAGAUCCAGCCGUUGAGUUGCCUAGCAACAAGCGAUAUCGACUCUUCCUUACCUCUAUGGGUAGAGCAGGACCGUUCCUUGGCUUGUCAAGGCAGAGAAUUGGUCGAGGUGGCAGACGGUAUCUUGACAGAGGGCCAUGGCCGUAUGGUGGUGAUGAAGAGCUGAGUCAUUCCCUUCAGCAUGGUCAUGUUGAUGUGUGUGAUGUCAACAUUCAGGAUCCUUCUAUGCCGUACUACCAGCUGGAUUCUCCACCGCCUGCAAAACGCGUAGCACAUUCUUUUCCGUCUAGGCGUAGGAACGUUGGUACUGCGACUGCGUCAUCACCAGCCGGGAGUUUCCUGCCGCCAGAAGAGCGCAGGUUAUUUGCACACUUACCCAUUACUCCAGUCAGUAGUGAUGAAGACGAUCCGGAGUCUCCUCGCAGCACACAUACUAGGGAUAGUGAGGAACUUGAUGAUCCCUGGAGUGAUUUUCAUGAAUUUGGGGAAAUAGUAACAUGCGUGCGUCUUUCAUCAUCGACACCAGCUGGCGUUGCUCAUCGUCUGCUUGAGACCGAUAGCGGUCUUGACAGUAAUGGUGUAAGUCCAUUGUCGGAUACGCAUGCUAGCCGAUCAUCAGUCGGCCGUUCCUCUGGUGGCAAAUCUUCCCCGUGCAUUUCAUCAGUGCAUGAUGGUGACGAUGAAGGUAUGCCGCUGGAUGGCACCUGUAGUCCGUCAAUGAAGAUUCGUUCAUCAUCAGUGUGGGGUGAGAGAAAUGUGGCCAGUGACGUCACCAACCAUCACCCUUCAACUGCUGCGACUAGUCGAACUGCAACAGCAGCAGCAGCAGCAUUAGAUAGUAGAAGACAGUCUGUGAGUAGUGGUGCUGGCGGUGCUGGCUGUGGUCCUGUUGACAAUGCUCCUGUCCCCAUGGCAGUCUUACCACCUCAACAAGAACCGAACAAUCACAUUGCUACUACUGGCAGUAGUGGUGGUGGUGCUGCUAUGCGUUCACAACCCACUGCCAACAGUAGCUGGCAUGCGACUGGCUCGGCACCGACAGUUCCUGCAUCUUCAGACUCAAUUCUUAGCAAACAGCGAACAAACCAACCACUGCCUGGUCAUCGGCACUCCAACAACCAAUCUCCCAUCCACAACAUCCUAAGAGUGUUGUGAAGUCUCUUGUGUCCUCUUGUUGUAGUGGCCUUGCCUCUACCUUGCUUCUCCCCUAUUUAGUCGUCAUUCCCGGCAACUGUUCCAGGCAUCGGCCGUUUCUGUCUGAACCCUUAGUUGUCGUAGGAAUGAAUAUCUAUUUUCUCAUAUUUUAUUGUACUUGUUGGUGUAGGCGUACUUGUUCUCUUCGUCAUCUUUCUCGUCGUUUGCGCUAGCCACCUGGCUCCAUUAUCAGCAUAAUGACUGGGCUGGUUUCCUUUACAUCAGUAUCUGUUUAUGUGUUGCACUCUGUUCUGCAGUACUAUCUAUCUAUCUCUCUCUCUGUCUCGUUGUUGGUUCUUUGUGUUGCUGGGUUGUUGUCUCUAUUUUAUCUCUUUAUCUUGACCCAUACCACCUGACUUGACUUGCUAAUGGUAAACUCUAUCAUCAUUGGAAAACUCUGUCUAGAAUCCGGUUACUGUCACACCCCCGUGCCAUGGCGACAGCUGCUGCUGUUGCUGCUGCCAAUAGCAUUGUUAUUACAGAUUUUUUUUAAAUUGCCACGUUAUGGUGUUGCUGCCGCUGGUUUAUUGCUUUUCGGUGUUGCUGCUGCUGCUGCUAUUCAUCUUGCUACUGCUAGUGUUGUUUACUGUUGGCCUGGUGCUGAUCUGUGGCAACUUGAUUGAACACACACGUACACUGCACGCAUUGCGCCUCUACUCACCACCCUACUAGUACUAAUAGUCACCCUACUAUUGCUAUCUCUUAGUUUCAACUCUGUGUGUUGCUUGAAUCUGUUCAUAGUGGUUUCAUCUGGCAUCGUCACCACUAACAUGCAAGUGGUCGAUGCGAACAUCUUCUCUUGAUUUGGUCAGUAUCUUGACGACUUUUUUUGCAUUUGAAUCCCAAAGCAGAAAUAAAACGAAAUGACCAUGAA